AUGUCAGAAUGUUUACUUGUGGAGGAAUAUCAGAAUAUUUACCAGUGGAGGUGUAUCAGAAUAUUUACCAGUGGAGGAAUAUCAGAAUAUUUACCAGUGGAGGAAUAUCAGAAUAUUUACCAGUGGAGGAAUAUCAGAAUAUUUACCAGUGGAGGAAUGUCAGAAUGUUUACCAGUGGAGGAAUGUCAGAAUAUUUACCAGUGGAGGAAUAUCAGAAUAUUUACCAGUGUAGGAAUAUCAGAAUAUUUACCAGUGGAGGUGUAUCAGAAUAUUUACCAGUGGAGGAAUAUCAGAAUAUUUACCAGUGGAGGUGUAUCAGAAUAUUUACCAGUGGAGGAAUAUCAGAAUAUUUACCAGUGGAGGUGUAUCAGAAUAUUUACCAGUGGAGGUGUAUCAGAAUAUUUACCAAUAGAGGAAUAUCAGAAUGUUUACCAAUAG